ACUCGGCCACCUGUGUGGACAUGAUAAUAAUCGCCCAUCUCCAAAGGUGAUGUAACUGUAUACACUAUGAUUACAGCUGUGCCGGCCCGAUGGCUGCGCGCCUCAACUCUUCAAUCACCUUUGCUUCGAAACAGAACUCUUCAACAGCCACUUCAAACAUCUACCUCAAGAACAUGUCUCGGAGCCAGGACAGCAGCGACAUACACAUCUCGCCAUCAGGCUGCUCAGAUCUCAGUGAUACAAACAGCUGUUGACACAAAUUCGACAAGCUAUGUCGACAACAAGAAGUCAAUGCAAGAGCUUCUCGACAAGUUCGCUACUCUACACCGUGACGCUGCAGUAGGAGGAUCUGCAUCAUCACGCGAGAAACAUAUCGCCAGGGGAAAGAUGUUGGUACGAGAUCGCAUCACUGCCCUGGUUGACCCUGGUACUUCCUUCCUCGAAUUAUCUGCUCUGGCUGGCCAUGAGGUAUAUCCUGGAGAAGAAGUUCCAGCUGGAGGUAUUGUGACGGGAAUUGGCACAGUCGAAGGCACCAUGUGCAUGAUCGUUGCCAAUGACAGCACUGUGAAGGGAGGCACAUACUACCCCGUCACAGUCAAGAAGCAUCUCAGAGCACAGGAAAUCGCUCAACAGAACCGUUUGCCGUGUAUUUACCUUGUCGACAGUGGAGGUGCCAAUCUUCCUCACCAAGCCGAUGUCUUCCCUGACCGCGAUCAUUUCGGUCGAAUCUUCUACAACCAAGCCAACAUGUCAUCUAUGGGCAUUCCACAACUUUCCGUCGUCAUGGGCCCUUGCACAGCUGGAGGAGCAUAUGUUCCUUCCAUGAGUGAUGAGAGCAUCAUCGUCCAAGAACAGGGCCAUAUCUUCCUCGCUGGUCCACCUCUAGUCAAGGCUGCCACUGGAGAAGUGGUCAGCGCAGAAGAUCUGGGGGGUGGUAGACUUCACAGCGAGACCAGUGGCGUAACAGACUACCUCGCCGUUGACGAUGCACAUGCCCUCGUGCUAGCCCGUCGUUGUGUCGCCAACCUCAACUAUCCUCCUUCAGUACACAAACCGGAGCCUUGGAAAGAACCCCUUUACGACCCUGCCGAGCUGGAUGGCAUCAUGGGCACGAACCUGAAGACACAAGUCGACGUCCACGAAGUCAUCGCCCGCAUUGUCGACGGCAGCGAAUUCGCAGAGUUCAAGCCUCUAUACGGCAGCACAUUGGUCACAGGCUUUGGUCGCAUCCAAGGUCACCAAGUCGGCUUCGUCGCCAACAACGGCAUCCUCUUCUCCGAAUCAUCACUCAAGGGCGCACACUUCGUCCAACUAUGCAACAAACGCCGCAUCCCCCUCGUCUUCCUCCAAAACAUCUCCGGCUUCAUGGUCGGCCGCGAUGCAGAAAAGGGCGGCAUUGCAAAGAAUGGCGCUAAGCUCGUGACAGCCGUUGCUUGUGCCGAUGUGCCAAAGUUUACUGUCGUCUUUGGUAGCUCAGCAGGAGCAGGCAACUAUGGCAUGUGCGGUCGCGCAUACUCCCCACGAUUCCUCUGGGCCUGGCCCACAGCCAAAACCAGCGUCAUGGGCGCCGAACAACUCUCCUCAGUCAUGGAAGCCGUGGGCAAGAAAGUCGACCCCAAACUUCGCGAUCGCAUCGAACGCGAGAGUGAGUCCACAUUCGCAACAGCCAGACUCUGGGACGAUGGAAUCAUUCCUCCGUCGCAUACGAGAAGAGUGCUUGCUAUGGGAUUGCAGGCUGCUAUGUCCGGUAGCACCGAGGACAAGAAGACGGAAUGGGGUGUGUUUAGGAUGUAGUUUAGUCGCUAUAUUCUAAUGAAUCACUCUUCUGAUCAUGCUGGCUUGGUAAAUUGUACCAGAACUCAGCUCUCAGCUGGGCGAGACAUCUCAUGAAACAGCUGUCAAAAGGCACAAUAUUUUUGGGAGCCAUGUAGUUGUCCAAAGAGAUCAAGAAGAAGAGCUGCUCUCAAUGGACAAAUACCCAAUCAUCAAAAGUAUCCUGCCUUUUUACAGCGAGGUUAGAAGGCUUACAGGGGAGCUGGAGUUCGGGGACCGGGUCAAUCCGUCCACAUCAUGUGAAUGUCUCCCAUCAUAUAUCACUCGCAAGAUGAUCGUUCACAUGCGUCUUCUCAAGUAACAAGCGAUCAUGAAAUGAUGGAGGGAAAGCACAAUCACUUAUUUCAAUUUGUUCAAGGGGCAGAAGUAAUUUCAAUUUGAUAGAG